UAUUUUAAAAGAUGGCAACAUAUUUUAUUCUCAUGCCGACUUAAUUGUCAAAAUAAAAAUAUUGUAAACAUUCUGAUAGUUGAGUUUUAACAUUAAUAUACUUUAUAAAAAUAUCAGAAAUAUCAAUUAAAUAUGGAUGUCGGUGAAUUACUCUCAUUUAAGCCAGAACAGACACCAAAACGUCCACAUGAUGAGGAUGAUGAUUACUUAUUGAAUUCCACGGAGGACAGAUCUACCAGAGAUGUUAAACGGGAUGAAAAGUCAAAACGAAUGCGCCGCAUUGAACAAGCUAAGGAGUCAGCGGAUUUCGUGAAACCUGACGUACCAUCUUUGGAUACCUUCUUCGGUCCUGAACUUACUGAAGAAGAGCGUAUUAAUAUAUUGAAUUAUGUAGAGAAUGAAGAUGCGGAAGGUGACGUACUCGAUGAAGUAGGACUGAAGAAAUUACUGCUGGUUUUUGAAAAACGCAAUUUAAAAAAUCAGGAAAUGAGAAUCAAAUAUCCUGAUAACCCAGAAAAAUUUAUGGAGUCGGAAGUCGAUUUGCAUUCUGUCAUACAGGAACUAAAGGGCGUUGCGACCGUGCCUGAUCUCUACCCAGUAUUGGUGGAAUUGCAUGGCAUACCUAGUAUAUUAGAAUUGCUUGCACACCCCAAUACAGACAUUGCCGUUGCGAUUGUGGAUCUAUUGCAAGAAGUCACCGAUGUAGAUAUCUUAGGAGAGAGUAGUGAAGGAGCGGAAAUUUUAAUUGAAGCUUUGCGUAAACAACAGAUUUGUGCACUUUUAGUACAAAAUUUAGAACGUCUUAACGAAGAAGUUAAAGAGGAAGCUGAUGGUGUUCAUAACUCCCUGGCGAUUGUGGAGAAUUUAACAGAAAUGCACAGUGAUAUUGUUCGUGAAGCAGCGGAGCAAGGUUUACUUGCUUGGAUACUGAAAAGACUAAAACAAAAGACACCUUUUGAUCCCAAUAAACUAUAUUGCAGUGAAAUACUUUCCAUACUAAUACAAACAAACAACGAUAACCGACUGAUGCUUGGCACAAUUGAUGGCAUUGAUGUAUUAUUGCAACAGCUGGCUAUCUACAAACGACAUGAUCCUACCUCUACAGAAGAACAGGAAUAUAUGGAAAAUCUAUUCAAUUGCCUUUGUUCAGCACUAAUGGCCAAAGAAAACAGGGAACGUUUUCUAAAAGGCGAAGGCUUACAGCUCAUGAAUUUAAUGCUACGCGAAAAGAAGAUGUCACGGAAUGGUUCGCUUAAAGUGCUUGAUCACGCCAUGUCAGGACCGGAUGGUCGUGAAAAUUGUAAUAAAUUCGUAGACAUACUUGGACUUCGUACAAUUUUCCCGUUAUUCAUGAAAACACCGAAGCGUAAUAAAAAACAGCUAUUAUCAUCGGAUGAACACGAGGAACAUGUUUGUUCCGUCAUAGCUUCAAUGCUGAGAAAUUGCAGAGGAGCACAAAGGCAACGACUGCUAUCGAAAUUCACGGAAAAUGACCAUGAAAAGGUAGAUCGGCUGUUGGAGUUGCAUUUGAAGUAUUUGGAGAAGGUGGAAACCGUAGACCGGGAAAUAGAUCAACAAGGAAAGAAUACUGAAAUCGAUGAAGAUGAGGAGGCAGAAAAUAAUUACAUCAAGCGACUGACAGGUGGACUUUUCACGCUGCAACGAAUCGACUAUAUCAUUUUAGAAGUAUCAGCUACAGCGGAUACAGUAAAACAACGAGUCGUACAGAUUUUGAAUUUACGCGGUUCAUCAAUGAAAACUAUCAGAAAUGUUAUGCGAGAAUACGCCGGAAAUUUUGGUGAUGACGGCGAUGCUGAUUGGAAGGAACAAGAACAAUCUCACAUUGUUUCGUUGAUUGAUAGAUUCUAAAAUAAAGUUUUCAUCAAAUAAUAACUGGAAUAUUUUAGUUUUUUGAAGCCAAAACCUUGUUUAAUAAAUUUUUUUUUGUAUAAUGCGCAAACGAAUACAAACAAUUUUGAAUAUAUAAAAAAGCAAAUUCCAUCGUAAAACUUAAUUCAUUUCGUUUUCUUGUCACAAGUGAUUUUUUUCUUGGGUUUGCAAAUGGGGCUGCCGCCGCUGUCACCUCCAUCACUACCGCCUUUUGGACCAGACUUUUUGCUAAUUUUAAAUCGAAAUUUACAAUUAGUCUUUUUCAACUCAUUGGCAUUUUUUAAUUAAUAAAUAAUAUUUGUGUUUAAAACAGCUGUUUUCGAUAUAAUUUAUUUUCAACAAUGUUAUUUAAUCUAUGUGUAGAUACAAUAAAUAAUUAUAAAAUUAAAAGAAAUAAAAAACAAUCAUGUAGAAUAAAGAUUUACACAAGUGUACGCAAAGUUGCUUAGUGACAACUGCAACUACGUACGCCCAUCUCUAAGAGAAUAAAAUUAAAAGGAGAUAAUAAAGAAAAAGCAGUAAACAUAUUAAUUUGCAAAAAUUGCGCCAUAAUUUGGUGAUAUUCAAUUUUAACAUAUUAAUAACUUUUUUCUUAAAAUCAUUAACAAUUUUUGCAAACCAAUUUUAAUUACAAAACGUAUUAUACGUUUUAUGUUAUGAUGUUUGUAUGCUUCGUAUAUAGUUAUGUUGUUUUUUCGACGUGUAUGUGUUUCUAAUGCUGAACUAUUUUUAAUCGCAGAAUCUAAAAUAUCUACUUCACACUGUCAGGAAUCUCGAAGCUGACAUCCAUGUUCAUUUCACGCGCUAAAUGUACGAUUUGAGCCAAAUGUACCGACAAAUUA